AUGGUUGCAAGCAAUAACUACGGCUGGCGAAAAUGUUGGGAUCUCAAAAUCAACUGGACACCAGAGCAUCUUACAGCAGAAGAUUUGGAACCUUUGAUACAUACGUACGACGCUGUUUCCACAGAGGCCGUCGAGAAGUUAAAUGAGAUCUGGUCCUUGUCUUGCAAAACAAACCCUUCUGAGAACGCAGAUAGUCCAACAGGGAAAAAGAAAGCCAGACAAGACCUCUAUGAACUGCUUCAAGAGCACGCUUUUACCGAUGACAAAAUUGGCAAAUUAUGGAAUGAGAUCAAUACCAUUCCAGAUUGGGUCGACUGGGAGCAGAUAGAAAGAGGACAGAAGGUGUUUUAUCGCUAUGGAGGGCCAGCCAUAACAGCCUUGACAUUCCUAUCUCUCUUGGGCGGAUUGGGAAGUGGACGAACUGUCGAGACUCUCGACCGUACUGGAGGUUUCGGUGUGGACGUCGUCAGACGGCGCUUGCUAGAAACCAUACAGCAUACACUAAACGUAACACGCAACCUAGAAUCUAUAAAACCGGGCGGCGAUGGUUUUGCAGAUUCGGUUAGAGUUCGACUGCUCCACGCGGCAGUACGCCGGCGUAUCAUGCAGAUGGCUGAGAAGGAGCCUAGGUACUACGACAUGAAGAUGUACGGCGUACCGAUCAACGACCUCGACUGUAUCGGCACUAUCUGUGCUUUCUCGUCGACCCUGAUAUGGAUGGGCCUUCCACGGCAAGGCAUAUGGCUACGGAAACAGGAAAUUGCCGAUUACCUCGCGCUCUGGCGCUACGUGGCUUAUCUCAUGGGCACGCCUCACGACUGGAUGUCCACGCCAGAGUCAGCGCGGCGCAUGAUAGAGUCGCUGUUGGUGGCAGAAAUCAAGCCUAGCAAGGCGUCUGCAAACCUCGCCAACAACAUCAUCUCCGGGCUUCAGGACCAACCGCCGACAUAUGCCCCGAGGGGAUUCCUGUGUGCCCAGACGUACUGGCUCAACGGACGCGAGUUGUCAAAGGAGCUAGGGGUUGAGGAGCCGAGCUUAUACUACACCGCCCUCGUGGCUGGGCAGUGCAUUCUAUUUGCGACGUUUGGUUAUAUCAACCGAAGUGUUAGCUAUCUAGACGAACGGAACAUCAAGCUAUUCCGUAAGGCUCUGUACAAAGUACUACUACAGGACAAAUCUGAAGGCGCGCUGGGCUACACGGCCAAGUUUAACUUCAAGUACAUGCCUUCAUUCAACCGGACGACAACCGUGCGUGGUCCGGCGCCGGCGCAAGAAGGGAGGCUGAGGGUGCCGGGAAGAAUCGAACGCGUGGCACUGAUCUCGCUACUUACUUUCGCUGCCGUCGUCUAUAUUGUUUCUUCGUGGUGCUAUGCUAAGGCCGUGAGAUGGAUGGAUUAG